CAUCACAUCAUCUGCCAAAUAAGAAAAAAAUGCAUGAGAAAACUAUUUUUGACUUUUUUACUUCAAUAAAAGCAGAAGUUCCUGUUCUUGGCAAGAACGAAGUGACACUACCACAUUCAGUUGUAACCCUAACGGUGUCUUGUUUCUUAAGAUGAUGUUGAGGUAAUUUCUGCUGCUUCCUGGACAUUUGCCUACUUUGUAGAUAUUAUGCUUUUGUGCGCAGCCUAAAAUUGCACUGCGCAGGACCUACAAUGAGUCUGCGUGGUCGCUCAAGCGCGCAGCUUCAGACGGAACAUUGCCCUCCGUCAAUUUGCAGUCGCGUUCCUCCAUGCAUUCGCGAUCGAGUUCCAAAGGUCGGGGUUUCAGGGGAACCAUCGUGCCCCACCUGCAGUACCCCUGCGCCCCCCUGGCUGAGAACCUAUGAGAUAAACAAUGUUUUUGUCCCGUUUGCUCUCUCUUGCAGAUCUGAGGAUUGUGUUAUUGGGUAAAACUGGAUCAGGAAAGAGUUCAACUGGAAACACUAUACUGAGCAGGGAUACAUUUCAAGCAAAACAUGCGUUGCUUCCUGUCACUGGAUCAUGUCAGGAAGAAAAAGUUGAUCUGGGUGGACGGAUCAUUUCAGUGACUGACACUCCAGGACUGUUUGAUACAUCAAUGACUCAGGAGAAGCUGAAGUCUGAGAUUGAGAAGUGUGUAGAGUUGUCUGUUCCUGGUCCUCAUGUGUUUCUGCUGGUCAUCAGACUGGAUGUGAAAUUCACAGAUGAGGAGAAGAACGCAGUGAAAUGGAUUCAAGAGAACUUUGGAAAGGAUGCUGAAAAAUACACUAUCAUUCUGUUCACUCAUGCUGACGUGCUGAACGAUGAAACAUUAGAGGAGUAUGUUCAACAAUCUAAUGAUAUGAAGGCACUGAUUAACCAGUAUGGCAGUAGAUAUCGCUCGUUCAACAAUAACGAUAGAGCGAAUCAAGAUCAGGUCAGAAAACUGCUGAACAUGAUAGAUGAAAUGGUGAAGGGAAACGGAGGAAUGUACUACACUAAUAAGAUGUAUGAAGAAGCCCAGAGGAGGGUACUGUAUCGAAAACAGUUUCGCUCGGUUUCACAGACAAGGAUUGUGUUACUGGGUAAAACUGGAUCAGGAAAGAGUGCAACUGGGAACACAAUACUGGACAGAAAUGCCUUUGAGACUGAUGAUUUCAUGGAUUCAGUCACUAAAUCGUGUCAGAAACAAAAUGCAGAUGUGCGUGGAAGAAUCAUCUCAGUGAUCGACACUCCAGGACUGUUUGAUAUAUCAAUGACUCAGGAGGAGCUGAAGUCUGAGAUCGAGAGGUGCGUUGACAUGUCUGAUCCUGGUCCUCAUGUGUUUCUGCUGGUCAUCAGACUGGACGUGAGAACCACAGAGGAGGACAUGAACACAGUGAAAUGGAUUCAGAAGAACUUUGGAGAAGAUGCUAUCAAAUACACCAUGAUCCUGUUCACUCACGCUGACGCGCUGAAGGGGAAAACGUUAGAGGAGUAUGUCAAAAAAAGUCAAGCUUUGAAAAAACUCAUUCCACAGUACGGCGGUAGAUAUCACGCGUUCAAUAAUAGCAGCAGAAGGAAUCGAGUUCAGGUCUCGAAACUGCUCAACGUGAUAGAUGAAACGGUGAAAGAGAAUGGAGGACAACAGUACACUAAUGAGAUGUAUAAAAAUGUCCAGAAGAAGAUUAAAAAGGAAAAUGAUAAACAAACAGCAAUAGAGUAUGGAACGAAAGCAUUAACAGUAUUAGGAGGAACAGUCGCAGCAGGAGCAACAGCAGGAGCAGCAGUAGGAGCAGCAGCGUUAGCAGCAGGAGCAACAGCAGCAGGAAGUGCAGAAGCAGCGGCGCUUGCGGCGGCAGCAGUAGCAACAGCAGCAGCGCUAGCAAAAGCAUCACGUCACUAAAUAGAGGACAUCUGUGUUUGUAUUGAUCUUGCUUUUUUACUUUUAUAUUUAAAAUGGUGUUUAUUUUCUACUUUUCACUUUUGAGGGUUGU